AAAUUGGAACGAAACAAAGUCGAAAGUUAUGAACGGGGAGCGAAUUGAACGAGAACAUGAGUUGCUAGCGAGAUAUAUUAUUACUUUUAUAUUUUAAUUCUCUUAAACUUUUCUUUCUGCAGCAGGUAAAAUGUACGAAGAUCAGGAUCUUGGAAAUGCUUGCGAAUUUAUAAAAGAUCGUUUGUAUUUUGCAACUUUAAGAAAUAAACCAAAGAGUAGCACAACAACACAUUAUUUUUGUAUUGAUGAGGAGCUUAUUUACGAAAAUUUCUAUGCAGAUUUUGGACCACUUAACCUUUCUAUGCUCUAUCGGUAUUGUAAAAAGCUCAUUAAAAAGUUAAAGACGCCAGUGCUUUCUCGCAAAAGAAUAGUUCAUUACACUUCAUAUGACAGUAGAAAAAGGGCAAACGCUGCAUGUUUGAUUGGCUGCUAUGCAGUUAUAUAUUUAAACAAAUCACCAGAUGAUGCAUAUCGACCAUUAAUUAGUGGAUGUAAUCCGCCAUAUUUACCGUUCAGAGAUGCUUCUUUUGGUGGAUGUACAUACAAUUUAACCAUUUUGGAUGUUCUUAAUGGUCUUCAUAAGGCAUUGAAACUCAAAUUUCUUGACUUUGAAACCUUUGAUCCUGAAGAAUAUGAAUACUAUGAGCGAGUUGAAAAUGGGGACUUUAAUUGGAUCAUACCAGAUCGGUUUCUUGCAUUUGCUGGUCCACAUGACAGAAGCUGUAUUGAAAAUGGUUAUCCAUUGCAUUCCCCAGAAUCUUAUUUUUCAUACUUCCGCAAACACAAUGUCACAGCUGUGAUUCGCCUAAAUAAAAAACUGUAUGAUGCAAAACGAUUCACUGAUGGGAAUUUUGAUCAUUAUGACUUAUUUUUCAUUGAUGGUAGUAUACCAAGUGAUGCUAUAGUAAGACGUUUCCUUACAAUUGUUGAGAAAACUAAUGGAGCUGUGGCUGUUCAUUGCAAAGCUGGUCUUGGGAGAACUGGAAGUCUUAUUGCAUGUUAUAUGAUGAAACAUUAUCAAUUCACUGCUGCGGAAAGUAUUGCAUGGAUAAGACUAUGCAGACCAGGUUCUAUAAUCGGGCCACAGCAACAUUUUCUUGAAGAAAAGCAACAAAGCAUGUGGAUACAAGGAGAUAUAUUCAGAUCUCAAAACAAAAGAAAUUCCUACGAUCCUUACGAGCGUGUUGGUUCAAAUUCGGUGGAAAACAUAUUGAAUGGUGUUGAUACAAUAUCAUUAACAGACAGAAAAUCCGAAACUAUUUCCUUGAAAAGGGAAUUAAAACCACAUUUGAAGCCUUUACAUCGACACCAUUAUUCCGAAAGUUUAGAGUUAAACAACAACUUCAACAAUAACAACGGGCGUGAAAUCCUACCAAGUUCGCAUUUUUCCAAAUCGUUUGAUCUGGGUGUAGCCACGCAGGGAGAUGAGUUGAGAAGGUUGAAAACUAACCGAGCGCUUUCUAAGCAGUCUACAAUUGCUGGAUUGUCUUCUUCGACUUUGUUCUCGCAAGACGAUUCUGGUAUUCUCACCAGAGCGCAUUCCCUAGGUUCGUCACCGAAACACGGUACACGUUUAACUAAUUCCGUACCACGACGCACAACUCGCACGACGUCAAAUCAUGUUUUAAGAGCGCGAACAAGCGGUCCCCUAUCUUCAACCGGCCGCAAUCACCCUAUCACUUUGAGAAUUGCAUCUGCUGCCAACGUUGCAACGGCGAAAUGACUACGCUCCACCUGCAAGCGACUUCACUACAAAUCUGAUUUGGUUUGUAAAGCAAGCUUUUCGAAAGCAAGAACAAGAAGAUGCUCUGAAUCACACAUGUUAGGACGUUGUGUGAGAAAGUUAUCAUAUCCGAAAGGGAGUUGCAUGGGGUGUACUGACGUCUUGCAUUUUAAGGCGUGCAGUUAAACUUCCUUUGAUUGAUGGUCUUUGCACUGGGACCUCUAACUGGAACCAAUAUCAGAUGCAUACGCGGAGUUCUUGCAGGUAUUUGUUAUGCGGUCUACAUCGUCCGUUGUUAGACCUCCAAAAAACUACCUUUUCGGCAAAGAGUCGAUAUACUUAUUUUGCUAUGGUGUAACGAGAGCAGUAUUUUUUUUACAUUGUACCCAAAAAAUUUCAUGCGAUGCCGUGUGUGGGUUACAUGAAGAAUGAGUGUACUUUUUAUAACGAUUAUUCCCUGAUUAGUCGGUUUUUUUAAGCGGAACGUUUUUAUUGAUUUUAUGAAGUGUUUUUACUAAUAGUCAUCUAUAGGCGUUGAAAUAUUAUAGUCGUUUAUAUGUUGUCAUGACAAUUCGUUACGAGUAGUAAUUUUUAGCAUUGCAAAUAAGCUUCGCUUUUUAAGGAAACAUGGUAGAUUUUGUUACUUCACUCAUUUAAUUGGUUAAGUUUGAGUGAAUAUUUCGGGUAUUUUCAACAAACGCUUUUUUGUCGUCUACUUCAAGCAAAUCAGGUACACUCCAGUACGAUAACAUUAGUAAGUUCGUCUCCUAAUAAAAACUAAGUUAACUUUUCUAAACUAUUUUUAUAAAACUUAUUUAGCCUAUAGUAAUCACACUAGAUAAUGUGUAUAUGUAUAAUGACUUUUAAAUGCACUACAAGUAGUUCACUGGAUGUGACAAUUUGCGUUUGAAUUACGCGUUGAAUUUAUGUGUAUAUAAAGCAAGAUAUUUUCCGUGUAUAAACGGAGUUUAUUAUUUUUAUGGAUAUAGGUAAUGAAUUACUAACCAACGUAUUCCUACCGGUAAAGGUAAGCAACCUAGUUACUAGCUUUAGAAAAAAAGCGUUAGACACUAGAUUGCUUUCUUUUCUAAGUUUAUGACAACUUUGCUACCAGUGUAUAUUUCACGAGAAACAGCAAACUAACGUGUGAGAUGUAAAAGACAAUCAUUCUCUUGCUGCUUUAAGGUUUUGUUUUUGUGGUCUGAUGGAUUCCCCCAACCGAUGUAGGGUUAAGAAGGACUUUCUGUAUAUUUAAGGCGGGAAUAUUCUUGCUGUGUUUUUAUUAAAAGUAAUGUAUAAACUGACAAAGUUUGACAAGCUUAUGUUUCACCCUUAUUAUGGCUUCUAAUUCAUGUAGUUGUCAAUAAAUAAGAUAUGGUGGCAGAGCUACUUUUUUGAAGUGUGUUCAAAAACUCAAAUCCAAAAGCCAUCUUAUCAUCUGCCAUUUUGAAAAUUUACGAAUUCUGCAUGCAUGCGAUUGUUUUGUUUGGAAGGUUUAAAUUUUGCACUCUUUCUCGCAUAUACUUUUUAAUUAGUAUGUAUUUUCAGAUAAUGAGGAAUGAUAUCUUCUUCCCAGUGAAUGUAUUUUUCAAUUUAUUUAAUUUAUUUGUAAACGAUUUGAUGCAACUAUUUGUACAGUAAGGAGAAAAUUCAUAAUUCACCAUGUUCACACACACCCA